AUGAGCGAUACCAUCACUGCUGAAGAGGGCUUAAGCAGCAAUGUUGAUGAAACGCUGCCUGAUCCUCCUCAGCAACAACUUGAGAAAAAACAAUCUGAGACAGUUGAACCGUAUUGCCUCUACUCAAAGUCCAAAAAGUUAUUGAUAUGUGCAAUUGUAUCAUAUGCUGGCCUUGUAUCCCCUUUCUCUGGCACGAUCUAUUUUCCUGCCUUGACCCUCAUAAGCGAGGAAUUCGAUAUCACAACGUCACUCGUUAAUUUGACAGUAACGGUGUAUAUGAUCUUCCAAGCUUUGUCGCCAUCAUUUUGGGGAUCAUUGGCCGACUUAUGGGGUCGUCGACCGGUGUACCUUGGAACACUGUUCAUCUUUAUUGGUGUAUGUAUUGGUCUCGCAAUGGCCCCGACGUUUCCUUUCCUUCUUGGCAUGCGGAUGGUUCAAGCUUUUGGUGCUAGCUCGGGCAUCGCUCUCGGCGCCGGUGUCAUAGGUGAUUUUACCACGCCAGCAGAGCGUGGUGGCUACUAUAGCAUAUUCACAUCGUGUCAAAUGGUGGCCACCGCAAUUGGCCCGGUUAUAGGCGGUGCCAUUGCUCAACAACUUUCAUGGCGAUGGGUUUUCUGGGUGUUGCUCAUAGUAGGAGCAGUUGGAUUUUUUGCUGUUUUGUUCCUCUUGCCAGAGACUUUGCGCUCACUCGUUGGUAAUGGCUCUGGCUAUGCCAAUCCAACACCCACACAAUGGAUGAAAAGGAGAGCAGCAAAAGGUCCAGUGCCACCCAAAGCGGAUAUGUCCCGAUUCCGCCAAAUCCCUAACGUUCUCGAACCGUUCUUGUAUUUGCGUCAUCCCGAUGUGAUCUUGACUAUGAUCAUCAAUGGCUGCUAUUCAGCUAUCUUGUAUACCUACAUGACAACGACACCUACCCACUUUUCGACUAUCUAUGGAUUAGACCAAUUGGAAGUCGGCCUCUGCUAUCUUCCAUACGGCUUCGGAUGUAUUACUGGAUCGUACCUGGGUGGCCGCAUCCUCAACCGUGAUUUUCGAGUGGUUGCUCGGAAACAAGGAAUGACGCCAGAACAGGUCAAAAAGUCAGGCAAGCUGUCUUUGGACUUUCCUAUUUAUCGUGCACGCUUACGCUCAGCCUGGAUACCUAUCACUCUGGGACAGCUGGUCACAGUUGUUUAUGGAUGGACUCUUUAUGCCAAGGCGCCUCUUGCUGUUCCUCUUAUUCUCCAGUUCAUCGCUGGCAUGAGUAUCACACCGGUAUUUAGUGUUUGCCAAACUCUAAUGAUCGACUUGUUUCCAGGCCGAGGUGCUUCGAUUACAGCGACCAAUAACAUUGUCCGAAGUUUGCUUGGUGCGGUAGCGACGUCGACAAUUGAACCGGGAAUCAACAAAAUUGGUCUCGGAUGGAUGUUUACUACUCUUGGUCUGAUCCUGUUGAUCAAUACCGCUAUUCUUCCUAUCUUGAUAAAAUACGGUCCUAAAUGGUGGAAGCAACGUAUAGAACAGCAGGAACGCCGUGCAACAAAGCGCAGCGAUAACGAGCGUGCGCAUGCCGCAGAAGUCGAAGCUUCAUAA